AUGGAUCCAUUAAACAGUAACUCAUUCAAUCAACCUCAACCACAUCUAUCAGUCUUAGUUAGUCAUCAUCAUCAUCAUCCCAUCACUCCAACUCAUCUGAAUACUAAUCAAAACUGGCCUACUUCACCAUUCUCAAAACCAAACUCAAUCAAUCCACCAUCUCAAUCUCAAUCACAAUCAAUCAUAUGGCCAAACCGAUCAAAGUCACCUCCAUCACUAUCACCAUCAAAUCAUCAAAUCUCAAACCAAUCACUCUAUCAUCAAACUCAUUCUAGUUUGAGUCCUACUUCAGCUACUAGUACUUCUCAAAGAUUUCAUUCUACUUCUCAAAUCAGUAGAGAACCUCGUAGUCCUACUAGAGAAGAAAAUCGUAGACCUUCUUUGAUCGAUCAAUCUUUAACUACUUCUUCUAACCCUAACCAAAACCCAAACUCAAGUUCAAAUCAAAUUCAAGUUAAAUCAAAAGAACCGAGUACUAGAAUUCGUGUUUCUAAUGUCGAAAGAAACCGUCGUGAUCUAUACAUCAAAUUCGAUGCAUGGUCAAAUUUAAUUACGAAUCGAUCAGGUCAUUGUUCGAAUAUCUCAAGAUCUUAUCGUGAAUUUUUAUUAUUUUAUGAAUCUAUUUCGGCUAAUAAUCCUCAUACGAUCGUACCACCUAUUCCAUUUCCAAAUACAUCAGCACCUAAUCCAGCAGACGAUGAUAGAUUAGUAGCCUCAGCCUUCCAACAAUUCUUUGAUAGAUUACUCCAAGACCAAUCCUUACGAACCGAUGACGAGUUACGAAUCUUUCUAGAAUCUGAUUUUGGGUACACACCCCAAACACGAUCGAAACGAAAGCUCACAAGUCAUCCGAGUGGAGGGUUCGGUUCAUUUAAUCCAUUAUCAUCUCAUCAUAAAUCACCUACUUCUUCAAACUUACCUACUGGAAGAGCUUUAUCUUCUACAAAUGUUAAUGGGAUCACUGGUAAACCAGAGAUGAUCGUCUCGAUUGUAGAAGAAGAUGAGUUAUCGAAUGCUAGAUUACAGUUUAGAUUAUUAGAAGAUCGAUUAGGAAGUGUAGUAAGUAAAGUCGAAAGUUUAGCCAGAGUGACUAGAACGUUAUCUUCGGCUCAUCAAGAUCUCUCAACGAAAUUCAUUUCUUUUUCUACUACUGAAUCUCAUCCAAGUUUAUCAAAUGGGUUUAAAAAGUUGGCAGAUGGACUAAGAAACUUGAGUGUAGCUGAAACUGGUUUGGCUAUUGGUUCUUUGGUCACUUUGGCAGAUGGGUUUGGAUGGUGUUCGGUAGAAUCGAAAGCUGGCAAAGAAGUUUUAAAGAAUCGAGCUAGUUUGUUGGAUGAACAUUAUAGUGCGGUGAAGAAAUCGAUUGAGAAGAGAAGGAAUAUUGAGAGGAUUAAGUCGAGUACGGGUCAAGUGGUUAGUGAGAGAGUCGAAUUGGCUUUAGAUGAAUUAGAAGAAGCUAAGAAAUUAGAAGAACAAUUAUCCGAAAAAGCCACGAUGAUCUCCAAUAACCUAAGACCAGCCUUACGAACACAUUCCAAACAAUUACAUGACGAUUUAUUAUUUAGUUUAAUCGAAAAUUCCAGAACUCAAUUAAUAUAUGAAACCUCAAUCUUAAAAGAGUUUACCAAACUAAAAUCAAUAGUUGAUUCGAUUGGAUUAAAACCAUUAGAGAUUAAAUAUGAAUCGAAAGAUAGGGUGACAAGCCUAGAUGAAGAUCGGAUCGAAGAGAGUAUGAUUCAUCAAACUUUGGUCGAUAAGAAUCAACAGUCUGCUUCCCAUCAGAGACAUGGAAGUAGGAAUGCAAAUCAACAGAGGUAUAGGGUUAAUUUCAUGGCUCAGGGUAUUAGGACCUUGAGGAAUGGUGAUGAUGAGUUUGGGUCAAAGGUGGAUGCUAAGAGUGCGGCGGCUUCUUUGGCUAGGUUGUUUUGA